CGGGCCUUUUCCCGCCCACUUUCCCAGCAGCCCCCCCCCACGCGGCCUCGGCCUUUCCUGCCGAGCUUGGGCCGUCGUCGCGGACUGUCCGCCCGGCCUGCUCAGUUUCAGUUGGUUCCCCACGAAGUCUGGCUGAUGCCUUGGAGAUGUUCACAAGGAGACAAGUGAAGAGACUUCUGCAGAGGGUACCUGGACAACAGCGCUUUGGCGUCUAUAGGUUUCUUCCUUUCUUCUUUGUUCUGGGAGGAGCAAUGGAGUGGUUUAUGAUCAAAGUCCGAGUUGGCCAGGAGACCUUCUACGAUGUGUAUCGAAGAAAACAAUCAGAGAGACAGUACCAGAGAAGGGUGGAAGAAGAAUCUUGAGAAGCAUGAAUGAUAGAGCCUUAGUUUUCAACGAAAUAAGUAACCUGAACUAAGUCAAAUGUGGAUGUGAAAUGUUACCACUUGUGGGGCUUCCAUCGUGUUAGAUGCCGAUUCGUUGGUGCCCCCUUGUGGCCAGAUCAUGGAUCCUUCUCCUGUUCAAAACACCUAUGUGAAGGGUUUUCUAAGUAUUUUCAUACUUCGGUGUUUCCGAAGCAGCAUAAGGAUUCUUCAGGAGGGUUGUCAGAGCAAACUGAAUUAAAUGAAUGUGUUUUAGGUUAUUAUAUAACAAUAAUAUUUAAACUACUUCUUGCUGAAAUCUUAAAUAAAUUAAAUCAUGAACAAGUA